AUGUUCGUAAAAACGUUAUUUGUUUUUAUUACAAUUUGCAACCUGCAACUAACAAGAGCGGCGGUUACUAAAAAUGAUAAAUCAAACUCACAAAUUGUUUUUCCUGGACCAGUCCAAGAUCUCGGGCACCGAUAUGGGACUCCGAAUGAAACUGACCCGUGUGAGGGUCAGAACUUCUGCACGAUUAAACCUCCCGAUUACCCUCAAGAAAUUUUCAACAACAUUUUUAGAGGAAAGUAUAAAGAGCCGAUAUUUCGACCCUCUUACGUCUUGACAGACUCUCGAGCUGGAGACUCUGAAGAAGCCGACAACUGCGCUUCAAAAGUUAAGUACGAGCCUAUAUACCAAGUGCGUCCCGAUACGUUGAGUAAAUGGCGCAUGGUUGCCCAAGCUCCUCAAGAAAACUUCAAUCAGCUGAUCCGAUUAGAAGUUUGUGCUGCACCUGUUGACGUCCCAUGUUUCACUAAAUUCAGAGGUCCUAUGGACUUAGAGGCAACUUGUAUGCAGAAGUACAGUGUGUGGGAGGUUCUUGUUCACGACGAGAAAGGUGGUACUGAGACAUUAAAGGUGGAUCUACCUGCAUGCUGUUCCUGUUACUAUAAGUUUAAAGAUGUUUUUAAAAAAAAAACUUCAUGA